GAUACAUUCGUCUGGAAACGUUUGUAUUGUUUCGGGAAUAUGUUCACGAAACAUAUAAAGAUCGCGCAAUUAGUGCUUUUGUACUGUGUCGUCGCACAAAGUUACGUACCUGAAAAUAGAUCGCUGACCGAAGAUGCCACGUCCUUUCAAGACUUGUGUGACGAUAUUGUUGAAAGAAAUGGAACCCAAAGACUUAAAUUGAUGAACAAUCUAUAUUCUUUCUUCUGGUUAUCAUAUACAUGGAGUAGGUCUAUACCCCAUCAUUCAAACACCAGAGGGAGGAGAUUUUUGAAUGAGCAUCCACUGAAAGAUCAAUCUUCAGUGCCCGUAGAAAAACGUGACAGUAGAAUUGAAGAUCAAAGGAUAACCGCCGACGAAAUCAUAAACCACGUUAAAUCGAUCGUAAUGGAGUCAAAGAGACUUCAGGACGUUGCAAAGAAUGCUGUUAUUAAUUCCUCUCAAAACUUGUCCCAACAUACCGAAAUGACCCUAUUAUGGUUCGUAAUAAAGAUAUAUCAAUGGACCUCCGAUGUAAUGGUCCUAAAUACUAUCGGUAAUUCAUUUGCAGAGAAAAUUUUAAAACUUCCAGAGAGAUGUAUACUGCUCCCUAUGACUAACUACACAUUGCAAGAUCGUAUAGUAAGCUCCUCCGAUAUCAUAAAUAUCAUUAAAAUGAUCGAAGACCAGUUACAUGAAGAAUCAGAGGAAUUAUACGAGAAAAAGAAAUUAUGGAGAAUGACCGGAGCCCUCGUAAAGAAUAUUAAAUCGAUCGUAUUUGAAUUAAACGAGAAACUACAUUCUCAGAAAAAUGGAAUAUCGUUUGGUCUCAAUAACAGGCUAUGCGACCUUCAAUUGCUUGCAUAUAAAUGGGUCCUUAAUAUACGUUAUCCGAAUAUCCGCAAGAAAUCCAUUAAGAAGUCCCGGCCUCCACUGGAAGAUAGGUCUUCAUUUUCCAUGGAAAAAAAUGACAAUGGACCGACAGAUCAGGACACCGCAGAUGUCGUGGAGGAUAAGUCGUCGACGACCAAGGGCAAUGAUACUAAAAGAGUAUGCAAAUUCAAACGAAACAUACGUCUCACACUAGAAAUGCAAUUAUUCAUUUUCUCACGGAUAGCACUUGGGUCGUUCUUUUAUGAGUACGAUUCAAAUACCACUAGAAAGACAAGAUCUGUCAAUGACUUUCAGCUUUCACUGGAUGAUCAAUCUUUCUCAUUGCCCAUGGAAGAGAGCGAACUGGAAGAUGAGGAAAUAACCAUCAAGGAUUUCAUGGACAACCUUAAAUUGACUAAACGUCAACUAAACGAAAACUUAAAGAUAUUCGAGAAAACUACAAUGGACGCUGAUAACGAUUUCUUCCAAAAAUUAUGGAAUGUCAAAAAUCACAAACAUGUCAAAAGAUCCAACUUUUUCAACAGAUAUAGAACAAAUUUCAUCCGAUUAAAGUACAUAUUAACGAUAUAUCGGUGGAUCUCUAAUAUGAUAAUUUACAAUCUCCUUAGCAAAACGUCUCUUAGUAACAUCUAUCCACAUCUACAGAAAUGCCAACAUACGUUUCCUAUGAAAAAUCAACUAGAUGAUGAAUUUGACAGAAUGAGUGAUGAUAUCAUUUUUCUCACCAAUUUGCUCCCGAUAAUUAACAAUUAA